AUGGGUAAGCGUAAAUCGAAACGAAAACCACCACCAAAACAAAAGCAUGUCACAGCUCUUUCACUCGUUUUUCCAUGUCCGUUUUGUUCACAUGAUCGUUCGUGCGAAGUUAAACUUGAUCGGAAAGCUAAUGUUGGAACAAUUGAAUGUCGUAUGUGUCGAGAAACAUAUUCAACACAGGUCCAUUAUCUAAGCGAAGCUAUCGAUGUGUAUAAUUCAUGGAUUGAUGCAUGUGAAGAGCAAAAUCGAGAUUAA